GGAGGGGUUCAAGUUCAAUUAGGACAGCCCCCAAAAACACAGUUCUCACGCACAGAGAGAGAGCAACAAAAAGAAAGAAAGGAGAGCACUCACACAGACAGACAGACAGAGAGAGAGAGAGAGAGAGAGGGAAGUCCCGUGUUUAGAACCGCUCCGGCUGAUGUUAAUCACGGAGUGAAACAAGACAUGAAUUCUGUAGGCAGGUCGUGGCUGCUGCUUACAGGCUUCGUGCUGUUCUAUGUCAUCUACCUGCUGUUCGGAGCCCUGAUGUUCUCCAGCAUCGAGCGGCCGGUGGAGGACAAGCUGCGACAAGACAUGGAAGCCCUGAAGCAAGAGUUUCUGAACCAGAGCUGCGUCAACUCCACGUCGCUCGAGCUCUUUCUGGUCAAAGUGCUCACGGCCAACAAGUACGGCGUCUCCGUCCUCGGAAACAGCUCCGUUACCUCCAACUGGGACCUGACAUCCUCCAUGUUCUUCGCCAACACUCUGGUCACCACCGUCGGGUAUGGUCAAUCCACUCCGCUGUCUGACACUGGAAAAGCUUUCUCCAUCGUCUACGCCUUGAUAGGAGUCCCUUUCACCAUGCUGGUGCUCACCGCCUGCGUCCAGAGGAUCAUGUGCCCGCUGGUCCUCGUUCCCGUCAGGCUCCUGCAGCGGUCGGGCAUGGAGCCUCGGCCGGCCACGUUUGUCCACUUCCUGUUGCUGCUGCUCGUGGUGGUGGUGUGCUUCUUCGUGGUGCCGGCGGCCGUGUUCAGCUCAGUGGAGUUGUCCUGGUCGUUUUUGGAUGGCAUCUACUUCUGUUUCAUCUCGCUGUGCACCAUCGGACUGGGAGAUUUUGUUCCGGGGACGCAGCCUGGGCAGAAGUACAGGCAGCUGUACCAGGUCACCGUCAUGGUCUACCUGUUCCUGGGCCUGAUGAUGAUGUACCUCCUGCUGCGCACCUUCCACAAAAUGGCCGACCUGCACGGCCUGACCACCUUCCUGCAGCUGCCGCACUGUGACGAGUCGGACCUGGAGGACGACCGGGAGCCCAUCGUGGAGGGCAAGCGUGAAGAUCAGGCGCCCCCGUGCCAGACAGAAAAAAAGGCCAGCAAGCACCUGAAGCCGGGAUCACAGCCCACUUACAACACCAUCAACUCAGGCUGAGCUGUGGGAGAGGAGGGGGGGGGAGAAAAGAAGAAGCAGCUAUACCUCUGGCACUCCCACUAGUGGGGGCUGAAUCUGAAUUCUUGUCUUAAUUUAUUUAUUUUUUGUCUCUUUGUUGAACGCAUCCAGAGGCGUAAUGAGGAAUUGAGAUGAGUUUUAAGAUUCAGCCUUUUGUGAGAGGACCGGCAAUAAGUUUGUGAGUGGUUACUACACACCGCUUUCUGCACAUACGAAAGGACUACCUUGCCUACAGCUACCCGCCUGGGCUUAACGAUGCCAUAACAGAUACCGAUAACGCCGCGUUCGUUUACAGCCUCGGGAUAACCCGUGAAGGGCUCGACGCAAAAACUUUUGAUACUCGGUUGGUUUUUAGAUCACUUCUGUCUUGCGUGUAUUUUUGUCAUGUUGCUUUAUGUGUCACCGGUCUGGGUUGCUUCUUUAGGACUAAAUACAACUGUUUUUUAAUUAUAAUAAUUACAUCUUGGUGCCUAACCCAAUCGAGGAUGCACUUGCCAACUUUCAACUGAAUUUGGUUUUUAAUUUGGGUGCAUUGUCCAGCUCUUCCACAUUACAGUAUUUGGGUGCAUAGUUCAGCUCCUUCACUUUAUAUUUCACAUAUGCACAAACAUCAUGGCCAAACCUCCACCAAACCACUGACCAAACCGUCCAAUCCUAUUUAGAGACCGGUUUGACCUCCACUCACUUUUGCACCACUUGAAUGCAACCACGUAAGCACGACUUAACAACUACUGCAGUGAAACGACAUGUGAAACUGAAAAAAAACUUUCGAUCACUUCCUCAAAUAAAGGUCAAAUGUCGACCUACGCUGAGCAUUUAAAACUCUGGGGACGUUUACUGCAACGUGUUCAAUCAGAUUUCCUGUGUGAAAGUACUGACUUUCCUGCGUCUGGGUCAGCCUUCAAGAGUACAGAAACCAUAGAUAUAUAUACAUGCAUACAUAUAUCUAUGUACAGAAACCAUAGAUAUAGAUAUACAUGCAUACAUAUAUCUAUGUACAGAAACCACAGAGCAGCACGGUUUGCCUCAGGACAUGAGCUGUCCUCCUUUUAUGGUGCUGCCCCCUUGUGUCUACAUGUAUGUUACUACAUCUCCAGAGCACAGGCUGUAAAAAGCUCCAGAGCAGUAAUAAAUAGGUUUAAAGGGUUGGAAUAGAGGGAUAAUGGAGGAAAAGAAAAAGGAAAAAAUUGGCGGUAAAUAAAAAGUGAUUUCAAUUCCAAAAUGUUAUUGUUCUGUGAUUUUUUUUUUUUUUUUUUUUACAGGUCACGAAGACUUGAAAUGCACUUUAGUAUUUUACCAUCGAAGUUGUAAUUGUAUGAGAAGGCUAAUUAUAUCCUGAUACUGUAAAAUAAGUUGUCUCUGUCCAUGUUGGUUGUGUAUGUUGUUUGUAGUUUAAUAUCAGUUUAACAUUUAUUUACAUUGGACAACAAUAAAUGAAAAAUAGCUUCUUUUUUUUCCUGUACAUUAGUUUGUUCUCAUAAUGCAUGUCAUCCUCCACUUCUAUGAGAUAAGUUUGUACCAUAAACUUGAAAUGUGGGUGACCUGUGCAGUUUGAAAAGUCUGUCGAGCGGUGUGACAGACGUACCGGUAUGUGUUUUAACCCUCGUGUUGUCUUUCCGUCGACCGUGCAACUUUUUUUUUUUCUGUUUUUUUUUGUUUUUUAAACAUUUCGCUCAUCUUUUUCCACACUUUUUUCAAUGUUUUUGUCU